AUGGCAACAACUGUAACAAACAGAAACUAUCUGUUUGAGACCUUUUCUGCAUCGGGGACUGUUUAUUUAACACUGGACAACCAGCUAGCCUAUCGGCAGAGGUUUCAUCACCAUGUACAAGUCAACAUUAUUUAUGAUCAUACAGGAACACCUGUCCCAGCAAUUGAAAACACACCUAGCACUGGUCGUGUUUCAGAUGCGUUCAUGGAUUACAGUUCAGAGGGUUGCGGCGGUUUUGUCACAUCCACAUAUCAUAAGCCCAUAUUACAUGAUGAGCACAUUAAACUAGCUGCUAGCUCUGAUUCUGUGAAUAAUACUAUCCAGUUUAAUUUUAGUGAUCAGGGGCCAAGUGCUUCUACAGUUGUUGAGGCGUUUGACUGUGUCAAGGAUAGUGUUUCAGAGCUGCUUCUUUGUCAGGAUACACUUGUUGCAGAGGCACAUAAUACUGUCAGUGUCAGGACACAGAGUAAUGACAGUGUCGGAGCACAGAACAGUGAAAGUGUCAGAGCACAGAACAGUGAAAGUGUCAGGGCACCGAAAAAUGACAGUAUCAGGGCUGAUGCAGGCAAUGUUGAUGUGUCAGACGACACUGUUGAUGUGUCAGAAACAGAAGUGGAGUGCCAACCUGAAUGUGUCAGUGGUCAGAAAUCUGUUACUGUUGAUGAUGAUAACAGUGUCAGAGAAAGUCAGCUGGAAGAUGGUAAGCUUACCUCAAAAAGAUUAUCCCGGUUGUCACUGAAAAUUAGCAGACAACCAACCAGUUUAAUCCAGAAAAACUUCAGAAAUAAACCACAUGAAGUCAAGAUCAAUGAAGGCGAGAUCAGAGCCAAGAAAAGGAGAGUCAAAAUUGAACACACAGAUCAGGAACCUGCAAGAAGAUCUUUGGCUAGAUUGAGAAGAACAUCAGAGAAACUGGUUAAAAAGACUGAAGAGAAAUUAUCUGCUAAGGUUAAAAUAAAGAACAGAGACACAGUAAAUAGACAAAGAGAAUCAAAAAUCAGAAAGUUGGAACUAGAGAAAGAAGUGAAGUGUGAAUACUGUUUGCAGGUAUUUAAAAGUCAACAAGAGUAUUUUGAUCAUAGAAAGGGGGACAGAAAAUCAUUUGAGUGUAAAAUAUGUGGCAAAGUAAUACCAUUCAAGGCACAUCUACUUGUUCACAUGAAAAAGCACGAUAACAGUUUGGAAGAAGCAUUUCUUCCUCUUAAAGAAAUUGGAAAAACAGAAGCUCAGAAUUCAGAGAUAAAACCUCGGGCUGACUCAGGUGAUUACAGAGACAGCAAACAUAUAAAAUGUGACAUGUGUGGGCUGACAGUGUCAAAUAUUCCCAUACUAAAGACGCACAUGAUGAUCCACACGGGGGAGUUUGCUUAUAAAUGCUGUGUGUGUGGGGAGAAGACCCAUUCCAUUGCCAAACAGAGCAGCCACAUGGCCACUCACCUCAAAUCUGGCAAGGUGCAGUGUAAAAUAUGUAACAUCCGGUUUGAGACACGGUCAGACCUGUCGCGGCACCAGCUGUCACAUGAGUUUAAGUGCAGCAUCUGUGGUAAAGUGUUCCCAAAUAAGACGAGCAGGGUGUUCCAUUACAAGAUGGCCCACAAGGAGGAAAUACUCAGGUGUGAGGUUUGUGGGAAAUUGUUCUCAUCAGAGGAAGAACUGGCACCUCAUUUGAAGUAUCAUCGAAACAGGGCUAAAACACAGUGCACCAUAUGUGGUCUGUUUGUGACACGGUUGGAUAACCACAUACUGUCUCAUAGUAUGAGAUCUGAGGAUAGCAAGAUGUACAUUUGCGACCAGUGCCCCAAGCAGUUCAAGCAGAAACUGUCCUUCCAGAGACAUCUUCGAACACAUUCAGAAGAAAAACCGUACGCUUGUAUGGAAUGCCCAAAAAGAUUUGCUCGCAGCGGAGGACUUCGCAGGCACAUGAUCACACACACUCAAGAGAAACCAUUUGUCUGCAGUAUUUGUGGGAAAGCAUGCUCUCAAAUGGGUAACCUCCGAAUUCACAUGCAGAUCCACAAAGGUUGCUCCCUGGUCCAAUGUAAAUUGUGCGGCGAAAAUUUUCCAUACAAAAACAAUCUGCAGGAGCAUAUGGAAACUACACAUUUUGUUGAUCCUGAGAUGAGCUCACAAGAUCCCUCAAGAAACACAGCAAAUGCUGCUCAGAUGAAUAUGGCUUCUAGAGAAUAUGAAGGCAUUGUUUAUGUCAAAGAUAAUGUCUGUGGUACAGUGUAUUUAACAGCUGACAGUUAUGGCCCCAUUAACAUUAACUUUUUUCAUAACAUCAGAGUUAAAGUUGUGAUUGGUAGCAUUAAACCUGAAUGUCAGCUUCAGAAUUUGUAUCCGCCGCAUGGGUUAAAUAAACCAUUGAACUCUGUGAAUACCACUGUGACUACCAGCAAAGAAAGGGGUCUGUCUGAACACAACAAUGAUCUUGUUACGGAGGUUACCAGUAAUUCUGAGGGAAACCGCCUGCAAGCAUCAGAAGAUGAUGAGGGAGAAGAAUAUAAUGAGUUACCAGUGGAGGAUACAGAUAUGUCAGUAUCGGUGUUCAGAGUUCCUCUUAAAAAUCAAAGUUCACGUGAAAUUGAGGGGAGUUUGUCUUGUAGUAAGAAGACCCCGGCAUCAGAACUGCAGCAUCCAUGCAGUAAUGAUGUUGCGCAGGAUGUGUCUGUUGGACAAAGAAGCACUGUCAGAAUUUUAAGAUAUAAGAAAGGAAAAAGCUGUGAACCAAAAAACAAGAAAACACAGAAAAAUACAAGAAAGAAGAUGUGUGGUAUUGAAGCAGAGGUUGACAAGUCAAACAAAUUUAUUUGUUCUGAAGAUAACUCAUAUUCAAGACAGACAGUGAAGUUAGAAACAAAACAGUUGAAAGAGAAGCACAGCGCAAAAUGGAAAUUAGCUUGCUCAGUUACAUGUCAGUAUUGUCUGAAAGUCUUUGAGAAUCAGCAGUCGUACUAUGAUCACAAGAAAACAUUGAGAUCGGGGACAUAUGAGUGUGAUAUGUGUACAAAGGUCUUUCCGUUCCAGGCACAUUUACAAGCGCACACCAGAGCAUAUCACCAGGAAGAAAAACAUGUUUCCAAUCUCAAGGAGUCAGCAUCCUGUGUAUGUGACGUCUGUGGCUCGGAAGUGAAGAACAUGUUUGCUUUGAAGAAACACCUCAUGGUACAUACACAGGAGUACUUUUACAAGUGCUGUAUUUGUGGGAAACAGUUUGUGGAGCCCGGGACAUUGAAUAAUCACAUGACCUCACAUAAGUCUGGGGGCAUGAUCAGGUGCAAGUGCUGCGACCAGCUCUUUGCCACCCGAGGUGCGUUAGCUAAACACAAACUGGCAUCGAUGGAAGUGAAAUGUCACCUGUGUGGACAGGUUUUUCCCAACAGAACUAGCAGAACCCAACAUUAUAAAGUUUGUCACCUGGAUGACAUCCUCAAAUGCUGCAAGUGCACCAGCAUGUUCUCCUCAGCAGAAGAACUAUCGGUUCACAUGAAAAAACACAACACGUACAAGAAGAAACAGUGCCCAACUUGUGGCAAGUAUUUUUCCAGGCUGGAGAAGCACAUCAUCGUACACAAAGCUAAGGCUGAAAUUGAUGACAGCGAGCUCUUUGUCUGUGAUAAGUGCCCCAAGAAGUUCACCAACCGCUCCUCGUUCCAAAGACAUUUAACUAUCCAUAGUCAGGAUAAACCAUAUCAGUGUCCAAGUUGUCCCAAAAAGUUUGCUGACUGUGGGGUCCUUCGCAAGCAUCUGCGCAGACACUUGUCCCUGAUGCCUUAUGAGUGUGAGGUGUGUGGCAAAAAAUGCAAAGAGCCAGGAAACUUAAAAGUACACAUGCGUGUCCAUUCAGACAUCAAGCAGUUUCAGUGUCCCUUAUGUCCCCAGGCAUUCAACUAUAAAAGCUCUCUAGAUGGGCACAAGCGCUCUCGGCAUUGUCAUAGUGUGGCCCAAGAAGACACACUUCCUCGGGCACCAGAAGUCAGGCAGGAGCCUGAGAAUAGUGGAGAGCCCAACCUUCAUAGGGUGUAUAGAACUGCCCAGGUAGAUUCUGGGGUGAGCCAACUGUGCCAGCAUAGCUCAUGGAAGGUAGACCACCAAGCAUUUACAGGUGGUUGUAGCGUAGACAUGAAACACUUGUAUGAAACCCGAGCAAAUGUUAGUGUGAAGCCUGGUUAUGACGUCGACAGUGUAGACCUCAUGGCCAGACACACCUAUCAUGUGUCUGCCAUGCACCUGGAUCCUGUCUGCAUGGAUUUGGCUACUAAACACACAUGUGUGGAGGAUUCCCCUGGUGUUCCUUCCAAACACACUUAUAUAGAGAAUCUGAACAUUACCAGUGGAAAUAUGGCUUCCAUCUAUGCAAGAGGAGCCAGCACUGGUAUCGGUGCCAGCUCUCAGCCUCAGGAAGAGAGCUCACUGAAUGUUACUACUUUAAAUAUGUCAUCUAUGAACAUUAUGUUGGAUGAGGCUGAUAUGGAUGAAUCUCUGAGAAAGAAUCAGUGCUUUGAGUCAAAAGCAGCCAGUGGUGCUGUUAUAUACGUUAUUGAUAAUGAUGCUCCAGUUUGCCUCCAGUUUAGCAGCUUCAUCAAGAUUGAAGUUGUGUUUGAUUCUUUUUCUCACUGCACAACAACAGUCGCUGAAGGGUGUGACACUGUAGAAGGUGCCCUCACCACAGUUAAGACAGAAGCAUCUGCUGUUGCUGAGGCGGUGUUUGUAGAUGCUGCAGAGGAUCUGAAGAGUCCAGGCCAUGAUGAUGUUCGUGGUAGUGAUAACACACAUGCAGAAGACAGCCUGGGGAGUAUAGCAGAGACUUCUGAGUUGGCUGCCAAGACUCCCAGGAAGAGAAGAGUGAAAAGAGACAAAUCCUUUGGGAGGCUUGACAGUGCAACAUCUUUCAAAAUAGUUAAAAGAAAUCAUAUGGAGACAGUUAAGCAGAAAUUGUGUUCCGGGAACACAGAUGAACUUAGAGGCGGAGAUGGGAAAAGUUCUGAGUGUGUUCGAGAGGGCGGUCCUGUAUGUUGUAAUGCUGAUGGCGCCACAGAUUCUGAUCUUCAUGACCAAGCGUUCAACAAAACACUCAGAAGUUCUAAUAGACUUAUGAAACUAAAUAUCAAGUCACAUACUGGUGUCCAAGCAUCAAAGGCUGCAAAAACGUUUCUCAAAUCAACAAGUAGAAAAGGCACUAAAAAGUCCAAGAAACAUUUAGUGAACCAGACCAGAAGUCCUGCCAAGGAAUCACCUGAACAUGCUGGCACACCAAGUCAAGUGAAAGAGAGGCCCAGAAAGUUAUUAAUGGACAAAGGUGUGAAAUGCGAAUACUGUGCCGGAGAUUUCCACAACCAGCAGGCAUUUUAUGACCACAGAAGAGCACAAGAGUCCACACAUAAAUGUGGAAUUUGUGGGAAGGUUGAGCCUUAUGAAGCACACUUAAUUGUUCAUAUGCUGAAACACAGGCAGAAAAUGAAAUGCAGCCUUUGUGGGCUAGUGGUGUCUUCAAUGGACAGCUUAAAGAUCCAUACAUUCCUACAUACUGGGGAAUAUGCUUACCGUUGUUGUGUCUGCGGUGAACAUUUUUCAUCGCUGUCUUCCCGCCAGCACCACAUGGAUAUUCACAUCUCCGCUCAGAGAUUUAAAUGUAAUCCUUGUGGGGAGAGAUUCACCUCCAGAGCAGACCUUGCCAAACACCAGCUAACCCACGAAAUAAAAUGUGCACUUUGUGGAGAGGUUUUCCCCAAUAAAACUAGCCGUACCUGUCAUUUCCGGGUCUCUCAUCCCAGUGAUAUUCUCAAGUGUUCUCUCUGUUCAAAUCUCUUUGCCACUGUGGAAGAUCUGGAGAAGCAUUUGACUUACCACAAGAAAGGUAAGAAGGAGCAGUGUCCUGUGUGUGGUGUUGUGGUCUCCAAACUUAAAGACCACAUGUUGAUGCACAGCCAGGUUGCUCAGGAGAAACUGUAUGCCUGUGAUCAGUGCCCUAUGAGAUACCUCAGAAAGUCUAAUCUUGACAGACAUAUGCGGACUCACACUGGGGAGAAGCCAUAUGCAUGCAACAGGUGUCCAAAAAGUUUUCGUAGCAACGGGAUGUUGCGAAAGCACCUUCUGACCCACACCAAGGAGCGACCAUAUCAGUGUGAGGUGUGCGGGAAACAGUGCUCGCUCCGCUCUAACCUCAAUAUCCACAUGCGUGUGCACAACAAUGACCGCAGUUUUUGCUGCCCUUUCUGCCCUCAAGCAUUCAACCACAAGAAUUCCCUGCACGGCCACAUGAAGAAUAAACAUGCUCAGGACAUUGAUCCCCAAGAGAGAAAACUAAAUAUCAGCAUCCAUUCUGCAGAAAUGCCUGCUCCAAAUAUGUGUGCAGACAUUCACAAAACUGUGUCUUUUGAUCACAAAACCUUUCAACAGCUGGCUAUACCAGGUGAUAUUUCUACAAACAUUGACCCAGAUUUACUGAAAAUAGGUAAACUAGAUGAUCAUCCAGACUUUGGCCUGGUGCACUCGCAGCUAAACUUUCCUAUGAAUAAGCCACAAGGCAUUACUGCCAACAUGCUCUUGCUUGGUGAAAGAUAUGAGAUGCACUCACAAGGUAGCCAUAAUCACAGUUACUGA